AUGACUGACGGCGAACGCUAUGGUGCGACUGAGCAUAGUGAGCGCCAUCAACGUCGUGGCUUUCCGGUAGUCAUGUCUGCCUCCUUGUCAGCCACUAAUGUCGUGAGUCGUGCCUUGACCGUUGUGAAGCCAGCUCCAUCUGCCGAACUUAUGAUUACUGUAUCUGAUCCCAAAGUUAAAAUGUGUCUCUGUAGUGUGACGUUGGCCAUGUCCCUCCAAGGUGGAGACCCAAGAUCUGGCCGAUGUCCUCCUUCCUCUUCUGCUCACGGACAAUGGCAAAAUCCUCCGCCGAGGCAUAUUGAGGAUCAAUCAACGCUGCAUGAGGUGCGCCUUUCCAUGCGCCUGCGGGAGUUGCAUCCAGAGGGACGCGGUUAUCGAAGACCGGCAAAUUCCGGCAGCUUUGAAGACUUGCAAGUUUCCUGGCGCAAGUGGUUCGAUGGCACAAGCGAUGCGAGCUACAUAGAACCAAGUCCAGCUUCUCGACCAGAGUUUGAAGACAGUACACAAAUCGCUAUUGGGACGACGUUACGUACUUCACUAUCGUAA